AUGUCUACAGAUCAAGUAUUUGAUGUCGACAACGAUGAUUCUGACUUUACAUCCAAGUCCAAUGCUGACAGUAAUGAUGAUGAUGAUGAUGAUGAUGACAACUCUACUAUGGGUACAAUGAGCGAUAGUGAGCUAGUGACACUCUACAAGGAUCAAUUAAUCAAUGUGCAUGAACUAUUGGGUUCUUCUGAUGAUGAUGACACGGAUGAUGAUAGAGAGGAGCGAGUAGCAAAGAAAGAACUAGUUGAUCUCUACAAAGAUCAAUCAGUACCUAUUCAAGAACUAGCACCCGUUUCCAAUGUUGAAGCGCCGUACAAUAGCAAUAUUUACAGCAUUGCUAGAAAAGUAUCGUUGGGGCCAUAUUUUAUCAAAUUCUGUAUGUUUGAUUAG